GGCGGUAAUGCACCAUAACGUUGGAUGCCAACCGCCGAUAAACACCACUGAAGAAGAAGAAAAAGGAAAAAGAAGAAGGGAUAUUUGUAGCAAGUUACCUGUUUAGUGAGGGAUAAUGGGUCGCCACACCUCUGACAGCGAGGAGGACAGCCGUAGCAGGAGGAAGAAGAAGGAGAAGCACAGACGGCGCUCCUCUUCCUCCAGCUCCUCUGGCAGCCGGGUGACCAGCCGCAGCAAGAGGUCCAGCAGACGCAGCCGCUCGCGGAGCCGCUCCAGAGAGAGAGACAGGAGACGCAGGCGGCGGUCCAGCAGCAGCUCGUCCCACGGCUCGUCUCGCAGGAGGAGGAGUCGUAGUGGAGAUAGGGACCGAGGCAGGAACAACCGCUCCCGUAGGUCACGCAGCCGCACCCGCAGGUCUCGUGAGCGACGGCGGUCUCGCAGCAGGAGCAGUGGCCGGUCCAGCCGCAAGAAGAGCCGCAGCCACAGCCGAGACCACAGCAGGCGGAAGGGGCGCGACAAAGACAAGGAGAAGGGCAGAGACAAUGGCAGGGACCGAGACAAGGACAGAGCCAAGGACAAAGACAAGAGACCCGACAAACAAGAGGACAGCACCUGCAUCAAAGCAGCAUUAGAACAUCUGACACCUGCAGAACAGGCCAGGGCUCGACUCCAGCUGGUGCUCCAGGCUGCAGCUAAAACCGAUGAGGUGCUGAAAGCCAAGGAGAGGAAGGACGAGGAGGCCAAGAAGAUGAAGAUGGAAG